AUGUCGCUCGUCAACUGGUUCGCUGAGCAUAUAGGAUGUGAUAUGCGACAGAGUUUUGCUCAGCAGUUCAUCAAAGGCUGUGGUCGGAGUCCGCGAAGUAAUCCCAAUAGUCUCAAAUCAUCCCGAGCCUUCCUAGACCUUCCUACCGAAAUUCGGCUCUUGAUCUAUGAAGCAAUCUUCACACCAGCAUCCGUGGUGCUCCAAUCAGGGGAGUUACCUGCUAUGAUAGCAGUACUCCAAAAUUUUCCCGAAUUGAUCUCCCGCGGAUCUCGAGAUGUUCAGCUCUUUCGUACAUGCAGGACGUGCUACGAGGAAGCACCACCUAUUUUCUACGCAUCCCUCAAUCUUCUUGUGUAUCAGCAUCUCCCACUCCUUCGAUUGAACUUUUUGCCACGAAUUGGACCCUUGAACGCCUCCUUCAUCAAGAUGGUGACCAUCACUCCAAUUGGUCUUCCUGGAGAGCAUCAGAGAUUCCUUGAAUGCCUAGGAUCGAAGCACGGUGGUCUCAUUGGCGUUGAGAAUCUGACUCUGGAGAUCUGGGAGCCCGAGCACGUUCCUGCCUUCAUUAGUACCUGCCAAGAACUCAUGCAACGUCAUGGAAAGCUAAAAAUCCUCUUCGGUCGUGGCACCGACACGGGUUGCCAACUCCAAGCUGGGGACAUACCGGCGACGUUGAAGCUGGCGAAGCCUGGUCAGUCGCCCGGCCAUAGGGAACGAAUCAUCCAAUCAAUAAAGGUCGUCGAGCCCACAGGAUCUCAGAACCAUCUGCCGCUGGCGGAAGAGUGUUCUGGACGAGAUUCUUUCACGGCAAAAGGCCGGCGAACAGUCAGCCUUGCUGUACCGCCGCCCAGGAGAACCAUAUGGUCGCGAUAUAAGUUUCGACGUUCUCAAAGAUCGAAACUCUAA